AUGCUCCAGCGAGCGAAGGAGUCAAGAAGCCAGGCAAACAAAACUGCCAGCAUGGCAGCAAAACACUUUUACCGACAGGGUUUUUUACUACUUUUAUUUAACUUUAUUUCAACCGCAGCCUUGGAGAAGAGGUUUUCCGAUUUUAAAAGAUGCGCCGACGAGGAAUGCAGCAUGCUUCUUUGUCGGGGAAAGGCUGUGAAAGAUUUCUCUGGACCUGAUUGUCGGUUCCUUUCAUUCAAGAAAUCUGAAACUAUAUAUGUAUACUAUAAGCUGUCAGGAAGAAGGGCUGACCUAUGGGCAGGAAGUGUUGGAAACAACUUUGGAUAUUUCCCAAAGGACCUUCUUGCAGUAAACCACCUUUAUACAGAUAAAGAACAUGAAAUUAAAGCAGAGGAUACAGAUUUUGUCUGUUUUGACACUGGAUUUGACAAGUUUGACUCUUACGACAUAGACCUGCUUUUAGACCUGUCUGUCAAGGAGAAUGAUAGUGAUAACAAUAGAACCACAGGAAAAGACACAGAGAGCAUUGAUAAAGAAACUAAGCAAUCAAUUGAGGAAAUGACUGAGAGUGAAACACAAACUGAACAUGUUGAUAACUCAGAGGAGCUGCACCAAAGUGCCUCUUCGCCUAAACUUGAAAUAAACACAUCAACAGAAUCGUCCUCAUUGCAAGAUGAAAGGUCUAAUACAAACACCGUGCCUGUAACAGAGGGAGAGGAUGUUGAGCAACAAAAUGUAACAGAGUCUCCUGUGCGAAAUGUGCCAGAAAGUAGUGAAACCAAAGGUGGACCCACUCCAUCUGAGCUGGAGUCUGCUCCGGUGACGAUUUCUGAAGGAGCGCAGAUCCCACAGUUGAAACCCACCCUCGGAACUACCUUUGAUGCCGUCGUCACAGAAGAAGAGAUCACUACAAAAGUCACUCCGUAUGAAGAGGAGGACAGCGAAGAUGUGGAAGAUCAUCAAGAAGAAAGUAAAGAGGAUAUUCCCCUGCUUUCUUUCUCAGAGGAAUCCACAGACACUCUGGAAAUUGAUUCUUUGAAAAUGCAGGAAAAAUCUCCAACAGCACAAGAAGAUGAACUAAAAACCACAGAGGAGAAAAACUUGUGGACAUCACUUGGAGAUGCAGUGUUUUCGGUUGUCACAGGAGGAGAAACCACACGGGAGGACGACGUGAGUUCAGAUGAAGACGAAGAAGAUGAGGAUGAGAUGGAGGAAGCUGCAGCAGAACCUCAAAAGAGUUUUGAAGAAACUGAGACAGAAACACUUUUACCAGAGUCUCAAAAACCUCCAGAGAUCAUGGAACAAACUCCUCUAGAGCUUCAUCAUUCCAACCUUGCGGAGAAGGAAAUUAAUGAAACAGAAGCUGUUCCUGAGAAGCUUUUGUUUGACAAAGAAGUGGGUGAACAAGAAGUGAGUGGACAUAAGGGUGAAAUGGAACAGGGGGAUGAAACAUCAAAAUCAACCGAUGAGCUGGUACAUCAUGAAACAAAGGAGAGUAUUCUAUCAGAAGAUCCAGCAUUGAAAGAUGAUCUUGUAAGCACUCCUGAUUACAGAUCACAUGAUGAAACACCUGAAGAUGAAGAUGAUGAAGAAGAUGAGGAUGAGUCAGAGGAUCCAGAAGUUAGUAAAGCAGAUGAUAACAUUCAGGAAAAUACUGUUGUGGAAGAACACAUUUUAGACCAUUUGUCGGAUGAAAACAGAACCAUGUCCGAGCAGGAAAUGGGUGUAACCAAAAGUGAAAAAGAUCUGGACCAGUCGUCUGAACUGAAUGAUUCAGAUAUCAGUGUUGACCAACUUUUAAUAAGCGAUCAGGAACCAGAUCAGAUAAAUGACAGCUUAGUGACAGAUGUUGAAAGUAAUACGAGUCAGACAAUAUCUGUGGAAGAAGAGAUUCAUGAGCAACCACCUACAGACAUGGAAGUAGAUGAAAAAGAUGCAACAACUGAAGAAGAGAUUAAUGGAGAAAAAGAGGAGUUACUUCAGGAUGAAAAUGCACUUUUGUCCACACAGUCGGAUGAUGUUAUCCCUGAAAAAUCCACAGAGGAAAUGUCACAGUUCGCUCAGUCCGCUGCAGAGCCAGAAUACAACAACAACAUUAUGACGUUGUCUCUGCUGAGAGCGCACUUCACACAGGAGAGGAUGGAGCAGGUCCAGAAGCUUCUGGGUCUAAAAAAUCUGUUCAAAGUGGAGGCCAUGUUCUCUGAUCUGGACACCGAGUUGCAGGCUACUCGCAUGUCCCACACAGGCACCACACACGACAUUGAAACCGCCCUCGAGAACAUCCUGGAAGCUUCGGAGAACACUAUCCUGGACGAGAUUGAAAAGAUGCUCGAUGGCCGGAGAAAAAAGCAAGAUGAGAUGAUGAACCGUGUGGACACAAGUAGUUUGGAUGAGGAAACUGAAUUGCUUGAUGACUUUCAGGAACUUGCUUUCAGCCUACGCCAAAAGUACUCAACAGCCAGUGACAGUGCACCUUUAGCAACACCAGAAACGCCGUUGGAUAACACACCUGACCAACCUCACUUUAAUGUUCCAGAAGAGAGGCCCCCCAUUGUUGAAGAAACGUCUGACUACGUGCCAGAAACCGAUCCUCAUUAUAAUCCUACAGUAACAGAAGACCAGGAAGAGGAGCUGUCUAAGAUUAAAGAGGAGAAGGUAGUGUGGAACGAGGUGCCUGCUGAACCCGACAUGACUCUGGAGGAGGAUGCUGAACACUCCGAUAAAAACAAAGAGGAUCCGUCGAGCCUCUCUGUGUCGGAUGAAGAGGAAAUCACUCAACCCAUCCCAGAAAAUCAGUUGGAUGUCAAUGUUAAAACUUUAGUUGAGCAUUAUCCCUCAGAAGGAUCCAUGGAAUCUAUGGAGACGGUGACUGAAAAACCUGAGGAAGAAUUGGGGUUGUUUCAAACUGGAAAUAUUUACAUGAGUUGCAUCUUUUCACUAAUCCAGAAUAAAACUGUGGAGUGGACCCCUGUGAUGAUUUCUUUACUGCCAGAGGAGUGGAAACCAGGGGAAACAUUGUUUGGCUGUCCGUGGCCAGCUGCUAUUGUCACAGCUUUGAUUGGAGUGCUUACCUUCAUCAUCUUCUUCUGGAGGACUGUAUUGGCAGUGAAAAAGAAUAAAUACAUUGUGGACAAGAAAAAGCUCCAGGAGAAAAUCCAGACACUCAAAAAAGAUAAGAGUGAUGCUCUUGCCAAAAUAUCUGAUCUCCAAAAGCAGACCGAGCAACUGAAAGAAAAUCAGAAACAGUCAAAGGAAACUGUGAGUUGUACAAUGAAAAGGAUGCAAGGGUUGGAGAGUAAAGUUCUAGAAGCAGAAAAGAUGAAUGAACAGAUGGCAGAAGAAAAGAACAAAUAUGUGAAGCUACUAGAAGAAGAGCGAAUCAUCUCCCUCCAGAAUGACAGCCGGAUAGAAAAAUUAGAGAAGGCAAAUGAAAAGUUGCAGGUUAGUCGGAAAAAGAUCCAGGAAGCACUAGCUAAGACCACUAUUCUCUUGGAUGAAGCUAAGAUUCGUGAAGAUGCACGAAAUGCUCAACACAAAUGUUUCCAGAAAGAGUUUGCAGUUUUAAAAGAAGAGAACAAAACGCUUAAAACAACUAUUAAAGGUUGGGAGGAAAAACACAAGGAGCUGAAUGAGAAGAUUAAAGUUUAUCAAAAGUCCCAUAAAGAGUUGGAGGAUUCUGUGGUGCUCAAAGAUCACAAUGUGGAGGUGCUGUCUGAACUUCUGGCAGACCUAGAUGCAUGUGAUUUGCAGAAAGGUGAAGCCAACCUUUUAGCGAAUGGCGAAGUAGCACCUGUGUCAUCAGCUGAUAAGAAAACAGCCAUAAAAAACAGAAUCAAGCAAAUGAUGGAUGUAUCCAGGGUUCAGACAACGCUCAUAGUUAUCGAAGAAGAGCGGGACCGCUUCAUGGCAAAACUGCUGAAUGAAGAAAAGUCUAGAAAGGAACUUGAAGAAAAGCACCAGGAGCUGGAACAUGCAAUUGGAGCCCUCAAAAGUGACAAGAGUCAGAUUGAAAACCAGUACAAGAUCCUCCAGCAGAAAAAUGAAAUCAUGGCUGAAAUGUAUCAGCAGAAGGAAAAUGCUUUGCAGCAGAGAUUAACUAAGGAGGAGCUGGAGAGGCGCAGCAAAGAGAAUCUGCUGUCUGAGGUGGGAGGUAAAGCCGUGGAAGCUGAGGAGCAGGUUAGACUUCUAAGGCAGCGCAUUAAUGAAAUGGAGGAGCAGAUGAAGAAGACAGAGGAAGUCUAUAAAGAGCAGAUAAAAGAGCAAGAAACCAAAACUCAUUCCAACUGGGUGAGUGCUCGUAACGCUGAGCGAGGUCUCAGUCAAGAGAAGAUUGAAUCCUCAAAGCUGCGUGAAAAAUUGGCCGUACUUACAUCCCAGCUGAACGAGCGGCGUGCUCCUCUGUUCAGGCCGAACUCUGGUCAGCCUGCAGGUCCUCGUCAAGGUGAUUCAUAUGGACCCUCUCCCGUGAGUGGGGGUGCUCCAUCCCCUCCUAUAAUGAUCGAGGGCCCGAGGCGCCCUCCUUCUGCCCCAGUAGGGCGAAGAAUUGACCCGUAUGGACCUCGACCUCCCUCUGAUCCACAUGGCAUCUACCCUGAAAACAAACACAUCCCUGGGAUGGACAUGAUGGGCCCAAGAAGCUCCUCUCCAGCUAACCUGGAUGGAUCUACUGAAGUGAUAGAUCCACAGAUAAAAACAGAAAGUCAGGCUGUGGCUUCUACAGACAGUCCAGAGCCAGGACCUGGAUCCUUCAUAGCAUCACCAAUCAGAGACUUAUCCGGAUCUAUGGUUCAAAGACCUCCUCCAGGCCCGGGACCACAUGACACUUUUCUUCCUCCUGGACCCAACGUCCGUUUCCCUCCACCCGGACCUUACGGACAUCCCCGACCGGGACCUUACCACUUCCCACCAGGCCCUCUUCCUCCAAAUGUCCCUCCCCUUCACGGCCCUCCUCUGGCUGCCAACGGACACCCAGGUAUGCCACUGCCAGGACCCAUGGGUGGGGAGUUUGGUUCUCGACCUGCCAAUGGACAUUUAUUCCAACCCAGACUGGGCCCUGGCCCUGCAGUUGAUCCUCGGGGCCCACCACCACCAAACUUCCGUCCCCCUCCAAAUCAUAAUUUUGGGCCGAUGCCUCCACCGCCCGGUGUCCGCGGACCUUUGGGGCCUCUUCCACCCCUUCCUCCUGACAUGCGCUUCCCCGGACCGAGAAACCGCAUCACCCCACCUAUGGACCUGCCACAUGGAGUACCGCCUCCCAGGGUCCUGCCCCUUCCUGCACAUACAGGUGACGGAUACGGCCAAGGUGCACCUAGUAACCCCCAGAACUCAGUGGACCCUCAGAGCAGCCCCGGUCAGGACGUGCACUUGAAGCAGGAGGCUCCUCAGGAUUCAGUCAGACCAGGAAUGGUCUAGCCUUAAAACGUUACCACCUACAGAAAAGGAGCUGAACGCAGCUUCACACAUAACACAACAACUCAAAUCAAGAAGGUCAUAAUGAUCUUCAGUUUUCUGUCAUACAAAAUACAAUGAUGUUUAUUAAAACAUAAGGUCUUAAAGAAAUCAUCAGAAUUUGUGUCUGAAAUGUAUGAGUUAAGAACUUUACUUUACAGCUUAUUGUGCAACACCAGUUGUGUUGAUCUUUUAAAAAAAUUAGCUAUGAUUUAGAGGGGAACAUUUUUUUAAUGUUGUUUCCUGUGGAAAUUAUUAAAUGAGAGACAAGAAGUUUUAGUUGUAACAUUUCAGGAAUCCCCUUUUCCCUAAACAUGUUGGGUCAGUACAAACCGUAUAAAGGACAUGUGUAAAUCAAUGGCCAGAUGUAUAACUUAUUUUAAUAUGUUGGCUAGAACAUUUAAUAAUAAAGAAUAGAAACUAUCAGCAUUGUAAAUCAAUGAAGUAUGUGCUUUUUUGUGGACUCACAAGGACUUUGAGAGAAAAGAUUGUGAAAAAAUGUAAUUUGUUCCCAUUUUUUGUUUUUCCACAUGCUUCAGAUCUCAGAACCCUACCCCAAAUGAGUUACACAAUAGGUUAGCCGCAUCCCAGUUAAACUCUCUGCUCAGGUCAUGUCUUUUUAAGUUUAUAAACACUUGUAUGUUUUACUGACAUUAAAUUACAGACUUAAUUAUUUAGGCUACUUCUGAAAACAGCUGGUUGCAGUGGAUUUUAUUAAAGUGGUUAAAGGAG